AUGAAUAAUCAACUUAUUAAAAAUUGGAAUCAUACAAAUCAAUAUAUGAAUAAUAUUAAAAAAUCAAAGAAAAUUCCAUUGGUGUGUAAAAUAUGUGGAGCUCCUGCAUAUUAUUCGUAUGUUAGUGUUAUUGUAUGUUUUUCUUGUAAAAUGUUUUUUAAACGUAAUGCAGAAACAAAACAGGACCAUUCCAAAUGUCUUUUUGAUGGUCAUUGUGAUAUAAAUAUUUUUAAUCGUCAUAAUUGUUCAUCUUGUCGACUUAAUAAAUGUUUUCAAAGUGGUAUGCAAAUUGAAAUGCUUCGUUCAUCAAGAACAACAAAAAAUAAAACAAGACGAACAAAUCGAAUGACAAAAAUAUCAACUGUUUUAGCAAAAUUAAAAGAUAUAGAUCAAAUACAACAAUUACCAACUUCAAAUCUAUUACAAUCUAAUCAAUCAACAUUAAGUAUAGAUGAUUGGAAUCUUCUAUCAAAUUUAACUCGUUGUUAUGAUGAAUAUAAUGAAUUUUCAAUAAUACAACAUUUUUUAUGUGAACAAAAUAAUUUACCACCAAAAAUGCGUUAUAAAUUAUCACGUAUUAAUGAACUUUUUCUAUCAUUUAUUAAUCGAUCUCAAUAUUUCUAUGAAAAUAAUACUCAUUUUAUUUCUUUAUGUUCACAUGAUCGUUAUAUUUUACUUCAUAAUACAAUGAAAUAUGUUGGAAGUCUUAGUGCAUGUUUUAUAACACGUCAUACUGGUCUAUUAAAUAAUUUAGCUUUUUAUAAAUCUAUUGAAACUAUUUAUGGAUCAAAUACAUUAAAUAAUAGUUAUCGUAUAAUUAAUCAACUUAAUUUUGAUAGUACAUUUUUUCAAUUAAUACUUGCACUAUUGAUGUUUUCGACAUUUGACUAUACAUAUUAUAAAAAUAAUGCUUCACUUAAUUUACUAGAUAUGAAAAGUAUAUUACGUAUUCAAAACAUAUAUGCUGAAUUAGCAUGGCGAUAUUUAAUUUGUAAAUAUAAUUAUGGACAAGCUGUUAUAAAUUUUUCUAAUCUAAUACGAUGUCUUUUUUCUUUAAAUGAUACGAUUGUUGAAGCAAUUGAACUUGAACAAUGUAAAGAUAUGGGUGAUUUAGUUGUUGAACAAAAUAAAAAAACAAUUACAUUACUGUAA